AUGCUCCCAUCGUGUCAGUCGAAGCCCGCCGCGGAAAACAGCAGCGGUAAUAAUAGGAGCUCCAUCGCUAAGCUGCUGCUCGGGGUCUUUGUGGUCUACACGCUCCACACCGCCUGGCUUCUGUACGGCUUUCUCAACACCAAACCCUGCGAUGGAAGCACAGGAGAGCACUGCAUCACCUCCUACCUGACAGCAAGAGCCCGGCUUCAGAUGAGCGUCUUCACUUGCCUCGUGCCAGACAACAGCCAACUCAACCUCGCUGUAAAAAUAGACCCUUUUGACCCACAUUCUACAUUUGAAAGGCAGGUGAAUAUCUCUCUGCCAGAGCAGACUCGAGCUAAUGGCACCCUGUUUGCAGUCGUGUAUGUUCACAAAGCCGGGGUUUCACCUCUGGAGGACAGCAGAGAAGUUCACUACGCAGCUCAGCUUACCACCUACAUCACUCCCACACACACAGAGGGGCAGAGAGACAUGCAGAAGAGAUCCAGUCCCAGAUCAGAGAACACUGUAUCCCACUGGAGACCUCACCUGUCAAUCACUAUGAUGUCAGAGGACUUCAUCUUCAACAAAGCGGGGCUUCCUAGUGACGUGCGGCGCUACAUGAGAGUCUCUCAGGAAGGCCAACAGAUGAUCUACCUUCCUCUGCUGCUGGUUAACGAGCUCAGCUUCAGAGUCAGAGACCUCCUGGCGAUCAGCAGCAGCACUGUUCAGCUCCCUCUGACCGUGUCCUACGAGGGAAUCUCUUUAAGGGGGUUCAGGUUCUGGGUGCAUCUACAGGACGUGGUUUAUUCCCUGCGACAGUUUGGCUUCACAGAGGAGAACAUAGAUGAAAUUAAAGAGACUUUGGUGGGUUCCAACCUCUACCUGUUAGUGUUGACUGCACUCAUCACAGCUCUACAACUCAUCUGUGAAUUCUUGGCUCUUAAAAAUGACUUCAGCUCAUGGAGGAAAAAGAAGAGCAUGGUGGGAAUGUCCAGGAAGUCAGUUCUGUGGCGUAGUCUCAGCACUUUGCUGAUCUUCCUCCAUCUGCUAGAGGAGACCAGUCUACUGGUGCUGCUUCCUGUUGGAUUGGGAGCAUGUCUAGAGGUAUGGAAGGUGUUUACAGUGUUUAAGAUCCAGUUUCAAUGGAAAAGCUCCAAGCUCCAUGUAAAUAAGAUGGAUGAGGAAGAAAGAAAGACAGUGGAGUACGACACACAGGCGGCCAGAUACUUGUCCUACUUGGUCUAUCCUCUGUGUAUCAGCGGAGCUAUUUUCUCGCUGGCCUACUUACGCCAAAAGAGUUACUACUCCUGGUUGGUCAACACCCUAGUGACUGGAGUGUAUGCUUUUGGCUUCCUGUCUAUGGCCCCACAGCUCUUCAUCAACCACAAGUUGAAGUCUGUGUGCCACCUGCAGGGGACAGUGUUGAUGUACAGAGGAGUGAACACGCUGAUCUCAGACCUGUGCUCCUGUGCCUCCCUUUUAUCCUCUUCUGGAUCCUUCUCCUCCUCUCAUCAACUUUCCUGCUUCAGAGAUGAGCUCUUCUUUUUCCUCUACCUCUACCAGCGAAGGCGUUCCGCCCACAAAGCCAGGAGGCGAGAGUCUGGGACCCACAGCAAGAAACUAAAGACUCAAUGA